CAAAUUGACUCAGGUCUGCUCCUUCAAGUUUUAAAUCUUAUCUCCAGAAUUUAAUUAUUAUUAUCAUUUCUGCAAUGAACAUUUCCAAAACCUUUGUGUUUUCCUUUGUGCUUAGCUUGCUUAGCGUCACCGGCGAAGCAGCAGUAACGUUCUUGUAUUACAACUGUCCGAACACAACUACUUUCACUCCGAAUGGGACUUACCACCAUAAUCUCAAUUCCCUCCUUUCUUCUUUCUCUUCUAAUGCUACCCGCGACAAUGGAUUUUACAACCUCACCGUUGGUGAUCAUGGCUCUACAGAGAUCGUGUACGGCCUCUUCCUCUGCCGUGGUGAUGACACCAAGGACAUCUGUCAAGAAUGCGUCACAACCGCUGCUAAAGAGAUAGUUCAACGUUGCCCACGAGAGAACGUCGCUUUAAUCACUUACGAUGAGUGUAUGCUGCGUUACUCGAACCAAUAUUUCUUUUCUUCGGUGCAAAGAGAGCCCGAUUUACAGCUGUUGAAUACGCAGCAAGUUUCAGAGCCCGGGCGAUUCAUGGACUUGCUGGGGAAAACGAUGGAUAAUGUUACUGCACAAGCCGCGAAUGAUCCCUCUGGAAAGAGGUUUGCUACAGCGGAAGCUAAUUUCUCAAGUUUCCAAAAGCUGUACACCCUUGCACAGUGCACGCAGGAUUUAUCUGUGGGUAGUUGCACUGAAUGUCUUCAGGCGGCCGUGGAUUACCUUCCGGGUUGCUGCAACGGGAAGCAAGGAGGAAGGGUUAUAUUUCCAAGCUGUAAUGUUAGGUACGAGCUAUACCCAUUUUACAGGGCUGUAGCUCCACCGCCAUCGAUGCUUCUGCCAUCCCCUUCACCAGGGCGGAAGGGCAAAAGGCAAGUCUCAACUGUAAUUAUUAUUGCCAUCGUUCUUCCAAUCGUAGUCUCUGUGAUGCUUUUUGCCAUAGGCAUCUGUUAUCUAACUAGAACCAGAAAGGGAAGCCUCAAGUAUGCUGGAGUGCCAGAUAAAAGCGGUGGGAAUGAAAUUACAACCUCACAGCCCCUGCAAUUGGACUUGGCCACCAUUGAAACUGCAACAAACAACUUCUGUGCUGAUAACAAGUUAGGUGAAGGUGGAUAUGGAAAGGUUUAUAAGGGUAUACUGCCCAAUGGACAAGAGAUCGCUGUGAAGAGAUUAUCAAUAACAAGCUCCGGACAGGGUGCAAAGGAAUUUAAGAAUGAGGCUGCUACUUUAGCUAAGCUUCAACACAGAAAUCUAGUAAGGCUAUUAGGAUUUUGCUUUGAAGGGGAAGAGAAGAUACUCAUUUAUGAAUUUUUCCCCAACAAGAGCCUUGACUACUUUAUAUUUGACUCUGAAAAACAAAGAAAGUUGGAUUGGUUAAGACGUUACAAGAUAAUUGAAGGAAUAGCUCGAGGGAUUCAAUAUCUUCAUGAGGAUUCUAGACUUAAAGUCAUACACCGUGAUCUCAAAGCUAAUAAUGUUCUGCUAGAUGAGGAAAUGAACCCCAAAAUAUCAGAUUUUGGCAUGGCAAGGAUUUUUGGUGUUGAUCAAAGCCAAGACAAAACAGAUAGAGUCAUUGGGACAUUUGGAUAUAUGGCUCCCGAAUAUGCAAUGCAUGGACAGUUCUCGGUCAAGUCUGAUAUGUACAGCUUCGGUGUCUUGGUUCUAGAAAUUAUAAGUGGAAGGAAGAAUAGUUCUUUCUGUCAAACAGAUGGUGCUGAAGACCUUGUGAGCUAUGUUUGGAAUCAUUGGAGAAAUGAGACACCUUCGGAAGUGUUAGAUCCAACUUUGAAAGGUUCAUGUUCAACAAAUGAAUUCUUGAGAUGCACACAAAUAGGGUUGUUAUGUGUUCAGGAAGAUCCAGCUGAUAGACCAACAAUGGCAACAGUAGUUCUCAUGCUCAGCACUUAUUCUGUUACUCUACAAGCACCUCAAAAACCUGCAUUUUGUUCCUGGACUAGAUCAGGGCAGAACAACACAUUGAAAGGGUUAGAGUCAGAUCAAUCUGCUAGCAAGUCAGCGCAAUUGUCUGUCGAUGAAGCAUCAAUUACUGGAGUAUAUCCUCGGUAGUCACAAAAUGAGAUUUCUCCAGAAAAAUAAGCUAUAUGAUGUGUUAAUAAUUGGUGUUACCCGUAAACACCCAUCAACUUGGAAACUUUGCUAUGUCAAGGCAUGUACUAAGAUUUCUGGAAUAAAGGAUCUCCAAAAUCUUUUUCAGAA